UGAACGAAAACAGUUGGAGUGCACCAUGUUCCUGAUAGCGAUUGGCAUAAUUUUGGCCACCAUUUUGGUGUUCAAGGGCGUGAAGAUCUUCAACUACAUAGACCAUAUGGCCGGGAUAAUGGAGAUGAUUCCGGGACCCACACCUUAUCCCUUUGUGGGGAACCUCUUUCAGUUCGGCCUCAAGCCAGACGAGUACCCCAAGAAGGUCCUUCAGUAUUGUCGAAAAUAUGACUUUCAGGGAUUCCGCUCCCUGGUCUUCCUUCAAUACCACAUGAUGCUGAGUGAUCCGGCGGAAAUCCAGAACAUCCUGUCGAGCUCAUCUCUGCUGUACAAGGAGCACCUGUACUCCUUCCUGCGACCCUGGCUGGGCGACGGCCUGCUCACCAGUUCCGGUGCCCGCUGGCUAAAACACCAGAAGCUCUACAUGCCCGCCUUCGAGCGUCCGGCCAUCGAGGGUUACCUGCGGGUGGUCCACCGCACGGGCGUGGAGUUUGCCCAGAAGUUGGACAAACUGGCGGAGUCGCAGGACAUGUUCGAUGCCCAGGACCUGGUGGCCAAGUGCACCCUGGAUAUUGUGUGUGAAAACGCCACCGGCCAGGCCAGCAGCUCGCUGAACGGAGAGCCAUCGGAUUUGCAUGGUGCCAUCAAGGAUCUGUGUGAUGUGGUUCAGGAGCGUACCUUCAGCAUCGUCAAACGAUUCGAUGCACUGUUCAGGCUCACCUCGUACUACAUGAAGCAGCGCAAGGCUCUGUCCUUGGUCAGAAGCGAGCUGAAUCGAAUUAUCACACAACGUCGCCACCAAUUGGCAAAGGAGACUGCGGCUCAGAAGGGCGAGUCACUCAACAAGCCCUUCCUUGAUGUCUUGCUGGCUGCCAAACUUGAUGGGCGAGCCCUCAAGGAACGCGAAAUUAUCGAAGAAAUAUCAACAUUUAUAUUUACGGGUCAUGAUCCUGUCGCCGCAGCCAUAUCCUUCACGCUGUACACCCUCUCUCGACACCCUGAAAUUCAGCGCAAGGCCUUCGAGGAGCAGCAACGCAUCUUUGGCACCAAUGUAUCCGGAGAUGCGGACCUGGGCCGUUUGGAUCAAAUGUACUACCUGGAGCUGAUUAUCCUCGAAACACUGCGUCUAUAUCCUUCAGUGCCUUUGAUUGCUCGAACCAAUCGCAAACCCAUCGAUAUCAAUGGCACGAAGAUAGCCAAACGCACCACAGUGAUCAUGUGCCUUAUUGCCAUGGGCUACAACGAAAAAUACUUUGAUGAGCCCUGCGUUUUCCGACCGGAAAGAUUUGAGAAGGCUAAUUCGAAUAAGGGAAUCGAGGCCUUUAAGAGCGUUCCGUUCAGCGCAGGACCAAGGCGUUGCAUUGCUGAAAAGUUCGCCAUGUAUCAAAUGAAGGCUCUACUGUCGCAAUUGCUGCGUCGCUUUGAAAUCCUUCCCGCUGUCGAUGGACUUCCACCUGGUAUUAAUGAUCACUCCCGCGUGGAUUGUACACCCCAAAGUGAAUACGAUCCAAUUAUGAAUAUCAGAGUUACCCUCAAGUCAGAAAAUGGCAUUCAGAUCAGGCUGAGAAAGCGUUGAAGUCAAAGAAGAAGUAUACGCAGCUUGACUCACGAAAACUAUAAUUUAUUUUCAGCUUUGUAUUAUUCGAGAAAAAUAUAUACAAUUGUAUAUACAAUUCAUCUGACCUCUUA